CCGGAAACUCUAAAACAAGAGGAAAUACAAUACAGUGAAAAUAGUAAACAGGAUAUCAUUCAUACCAUAGAUUUAAAUGAUGGUCGAAACACUCAACAAAAUAACCACGUAUCGUCAAAAAUGAGAAUUUUGUUAAUAGUAUUGCUGGCAAUGAGUAUAAGUGUUUACAGCGCUAUUGAAAUAAACUAUUUUGGAAACAGCGCCACAUAUUUCCAAUACCUGCCGAUGAGAUUGUCUGCCCAGACAUCCGAUGACCUAUUGAUGGCAAUGAGCGCCACGUUUACCGUCGGGCGACUGUUUUCGGCUUUUAUAUCCAGCAAAUUGAGGCCCGAAAUUAUGCUGAGCUAUCAUUUGGUUAUUAUUGGCGUAUCGUUGGGUAUAUUGUUUUUUGGGUCCAAUUCGCUUACAAUGAUAUGGAUUGGCAAUAUAUUAGCAGGGUUUGGAUUUGCUGCCAUGUGGUCAUCCUAUUUUGCUUUUGGUGAAAAGUACAUCAAACUGACCGAUAAAAACAAUUCUGUGCUGUGCUUUUCGUCCGCACUUUUAGGUUUUGUCACUCCGUUUAUAAUCGGGAAUCUCGUUGAAAAACAUCCCGAAGUGUUCAUAUACUUAGAGUUCGGUUAUUUCGGCCUCGACGUCGACGUCCAAAAACAACAUAAAGUUGGACAACGGGCUCGACCUAUACCGGGGCUGACCCUUAACAUACCGGCGCAACUGUAUAGAGCGCCACACCGGUACCAUUUCUACCACCAUCAUUCGCGCCAACGAACCACGUGCCAUUUCGCGUUUAAU